AUUCAAUUAGUAUGAAAAAAGAAACAAAAAGAGAACGUUGAAAGCAACAAUAAAUCAACUUCGCACUUCACGCAGCAAGACUUCAUUUCUUGAGGUGCUAGAAAUUAUAUUGUCCAUCGUAUAUCAUAGUGGUAGCACAUUAAUUUCAGAAACCCAGCUUUACCCUAUAUCAUUUAAAUCCCCAUCUCAUUAAUAGUUGAAAGAAAAAAAAAUAAAGCAAAUAUGGUUUUCGUAAAAAAUUGUUUUGGUAUUUUAAGGCAUUAUUCAACCGGAACCUCAAAAACCCUGCCUUUUGCGAUUUCAAGGAGCAAGACUGCGAAUUACCCGGUUUAUAUUGAUUAUAAAAGUGGUGGAAAUCAAGUACAGACAAUAAUACGUCGGAUUGAAGGAGACGAUAAUGCUUUGCUAAAGGAGUUAAUUUCUGAUCUUGCGAUCCCUAAAGCUGAUGCUUCUAUUAACCGGCUGACGAAGCAGAUUGUUAUUAAGGGAAAUCACUCUCAGCGCGUAAAGCAAUGGAUCCAAGACCAUGGGUUUUAGGGUCAAAAAGACAAAAAGUAUAUUUCCCAAGGUAAAGAUGGAAUAUAUUUGAUAACGGGCGAAAAGCAGGAAAGACCAUUGUAGGAGGUGUUAAAGUAGGUUGUUGGAAUAAUUGAAUUGAUUGAUACGCUUUUUGCUCUAUCUUCUGUAAAGUAUACUUCACGUACUCAAGCACAAAACCAAAUUUUUCCUUCUCGUUUUUUUUUUAUUUUUCUUUUUAAUAUCUAAUACAAGAAUAAAUCUAAUUUGUUUGUCCUUUUA